CCUGCUCUCUCUUUCUCUUUGCACACACAGUCAACAAAAGCGAGGUCAGAAGAGAGGGAUGAGGGUAUAACGAAAGAGAGGAAGAGUAGGAUGCGAGAAACCUUGUAAGCGGUGGAGAGACUAGAGAAACGCAAGUUUGGAAAACCAUCAGCAUCCUCUCUCCCUCGAGUAGGUGAGUGUCCUUUCACUAAACUUGUCAACCAACACCAAUGUUGGGGGAGAGAGAGACAGACACAGACAGAGACCGAAAGGUCUGCUAAUAACGAUUUAUGAAAUCUGCCUGUCCUGUGUCUUAUAAUUUUUACCGGUAUGGCUCUGUGCUGGUUAUGAUACCUGGUUGUAGUCAAAGUCGGGAGUCCGUCAAUGCACAGCACACUCACAACUUUUGAAUAAAAGGACAAGGCAGGAUUUAUUUAUACUAAUUGUCUCAUCCACCAUGUAUUCCAGUCUCAAUCAUAUUCAUUGAUUAAUGUAGAGUUAGGUGUAUAGCGCUAGAGCAUAUUUUGCCCCACAAACAUGAUAAUGUGUGUCCAGUGUUGUGAGUUGUUAGUCUCUUCCAUCAUUACUGUACCUAUAUUUGUGUAUUGUGUUUUUAGUUGUUCUAUUUCUCUUUCAUCAUGUGUCAUUAGAGUAUAGUUACAGUGUUGUGAGUAUUUCUGCACCAAUUCUCUGUAUACUGGUAUCACUAUCAUCCGUAGUCAGUGUGUAUUAUUGUACGUACUUUUGUCCCUCCUUUCAGUGUACCAUAUUAAUGUGAAGUUAGGUUUAGGGUUAGAGUAAUGUGGUGUAUCACAGGUGUAGCCAGUGUUGUGUGUAUUUCUGCUCCCCUGUAUCACUAGUACAGCUUUAGUGUUGUGUAAUAUAUAUUUCCGCUCCCCUUCUGUCUGUGUGUGCACCAUAGUCAGAGUGCGUAUAAUAAUGUGUAUAAUGUUGUAUUCUGGUCCCUGCAUUGUGGCUGUGUAUCAUUAGUGUAGUUAGUGUCUGGGGUUGUGUGCUGCCUGUGUGGUUAAUGGUAGCUGACAGUGUUACUCUCUCCUCUCAUGCGUGUGUGUGUAGUCAGUGUCAGAGUGGAGAGGAUGUAGCUCCUAAUUACUGAGUGUGUUUGUAAUGAACUCCCCGUGUGUCGCCGUGGGAGGCUAAUGCACACGCGUGUGUGUCUGUCUGUCUCUCUUUCUCUCCAAAUGUAUGUCCCCUAUCACUUAUUUCCUCUACCUUUCUCUCCUCUUCUUCUCCCUCUCUUUAUCUCCUCCUCCCUCUGUCUUCCAGUAGUUCUGAUCUGUGUUCUGAUUGGAGGAGAGAAGUAAGAGGUCAGAGGUGAAGGGGAAGUGUUAUGUGUGAGAAACUCAGCAUGCUGAAUCUACAGAACACCUCCAGCUGGACUGGGCCAAACAACUGGUACCAUCAACCAACACAACACGGUACAGAUAGAAAACAGGGGUGGUGUGUGUGUGUGUAUGUGUGUUUGUGUGUGUGUGUGUGUGUGUGUAUGUGUGUUUGUGUGUGUGUGACUCAUGGAGUCAGCUUAGGGUGAGCUGGAGAAUCUUCCACAUGACUGAGCAGAAACAGUGUGCCAACAGCUCCAAAACACACAUACACACGGACACACACACACACAGAAGUGAUACACACACCUACAGUGACAGAGAGUGCACAAAUACAAAACAGUGAAACGUAUAUGUACAUGGAGAAUGCAUAAACGCUUGUUACACUCAGGCAGACAGUAACAGUGGGAACACACACACACACACGCAAACUCACAAACACACACACAUUUCACCAAGAAAAGCGCUUCAAUUAUCCUUCUGUUCUAGAAACAAUCUUUCUCCCCCUUUCCAUUAGAUGGCUGUGUGGUGGAUGACGUGAGCGUGCGGAUGGUGGGAGGAGGAGAAGGAGUGCAAAGAGAGAGGGAUGAGGUAGAGGACGCCCAGCAUCACCUCCAGCUGAAGAGGAAGCUCCAGAGGAAUCGCACCAGUUUCACCCAGGAGCAGAUUGACGCGCUGGAGAAAGGUUUAACCCCAGCCCCAGGCUUCAGUUGAGGCCUGUGGAGAUUCAAUUAAAUUACAGUAAUAAACAUGAAGGAAAAGUUAAGUUUAAUGCCAUGGGCAUGUGUGUGUGUGUUAAUGUGAACCAUUGUGGGCUUCUUGACCAAUUUUUCUCCACCUCACAGAGUUUGAACGGACACAUUACCCAGAUGUCUUUGCCAGAGAGAGAUUGGCAGCUAAAAUCGACCUUCCAGAGGCUCGCAUUCAGGUAACCAACGGUUCAACUCGGUCUGUCUAUUUAAGAGACCUCCGUCUCGCUAUUCUUAUCCUUUACUCCCCCUAGUGGCCAGAUUAGAGUAUGACAGCUACCAAGGUAGUACAUGAGCUGUUCUCAAACCAGUCGUCUGAGACCACCAGUUUUCACAUAUUUGUUAUAUUCCAACACAAACACAUCUGAAUGGUUACAGUUUGAUUGAUUGAUUGAUUGACAGGUGUGGUUUUCCAAUCGGCGAGCCAAAUGGAGGAGAGAGGAGAAGUUGCGCAAUCAGAAGAGGUCAGGGGGCGGGACUUCCUGUUCUCAGGCACACGCCCCCCUCAGCACCUCCUUCAACACUGGUGUCUAUCACUCUCACCAUGGCAACAGCUCAGGUAAGAAACCAUUCACAUCUUUUUUCAAUAUGUUUGUGUGUGUGUAUAUAUAUGUAUGUGUGUGUGUAUGUGUAUUACUGUAUACAAUGUUAUUUUAAAACAUAUUUCUGGGUUUCUUAAUGAAGCCUCGAUGCACAGUCGCAGUGACAACUCUCUCUCAGGCUACGGCUCUCUCUCAGUCUUCUCCAAUAUGCAGGUAAAUUCAACAAAUGUACAUUUUUUAUUGUGCUAUGAACCCCAUGGUGUCCAUUGUUAACAUGGCUAUUGGUCCUUCAUUUCGAACCGAAACUUUCACUGAUUCUUUGUUCUGUCUCAUCAGUCUUAUCGCUGGUUAACAAUCUUCUCUCUUUUCUCUUCCUCCAUGUCCUGUUACCGCUCCUCUCUCCUCUUCUCUUUGCUCUCUCUCUUUCUCUCCAGUCGUUGCCCCCCCAGUCCGCUCCCUCUUACCCCUGCAUGCUCCCUCCCUCCCCCUCCUCUCCUCCCCCACUUCCCCGGAAGUUUGACUCCCUCUCUUACCCCUCUCCUCACCUGCCUCCCCCUCACUCUGCCAGCUCCAACACAGGUGAGUCUCUGCAGCAUGUGUGCAUGUGAAGAUCUAGUAUUUAGUUUAGGUACCAUUUUGCUAACUUAUCUUUGUCUCUCUCCCAGGAUAUCUCUCUCCUGGUGUGUCGGGUAGUGAGCAGGACUUAGGUCAGUACUGGACCAGACUCCAGUGA